AUGCUGUUGCCAUCGCUGUGGUACUCUCGUUCAACGGGAGGCUCUUCACAAAACUCAAACCCUCGCGACGCUUAUUCAACCAUCCGAGGUCUAACGGCAAAGUCACCCGUUCCACGUCACGUCGCAUUUGUUACUACACCUACAAGAUGGCAAUUCUGUACGGAAACAGCGUAAGUCUAAGAAAUACUGGUAAGUUUUCAAACAUUUGAUCCGUAAUUCACCCUAAAGUCAAACCACGUUGAGAUUUGGAAGGACGGUCCUCUCAUUGACUCUCAUUCUGGUUUUCGGUAUUCUCGCGGUGAGCUUAGAAAAAGGGUUAAAGGCAAACAGCGAUCCUCCAAUCUCAAACAACCAAACCACAUCCGAAGAUUCCACGUUCCAUCCCCCGCCCUUAAACACAACAGGCGCAAACGGAACAUAUUGGAAACCUACAACCGGAACAAAAUGGCAAAUAGUUCUUAAACAGCCACUGACGAAUUUCAAUCCAAACGUGGCGGUUUAUGACACUGACCUCUUUGUGAAUCAGAAGGAAACUAUUGAUCACUUACAUGAUCUGGGCCGGAAGGUUAUAUGUUAUUUUUCUGCUAGUUCAUAUGAGGAUUUCAGACCUGACUCCGACAAGUUUCUCCCAAAAGAUUACGGACGGGAACUAGUUGGUUGGCCCAGCGAGAAGUGGGUGAAUACUGAUUCACCCACAAUCAGAUCCAUAAUGAAGUCUCGAAUUCAACAGGCCGCCCAGUUAGGCUGUGAUGGUAUAGAUCCGGAUGACAUAGAUGGCUAUACUGCCGACACAGGCUUUCCACUUAGUACGACCACCGCGACCUCCUAUCUCAACUAUCUCAUCGAUGAGGCUCAUGCGUUAAACUUGUCCAUUGGAUUGAAAAAUGCGGCGGAGAUGGUAGAGAGUAUGAAAGAUAAAAUGCAAUGGAGUGUGAACGAACAGUGUGUCACUUUCCAUGAGUGUGACAAGUUUAGAGGCUUUGUGGGUAUGGGCAAACCUGUUUUUCAUGUUGAGAACGUUCAGAGUAAGGGUGAUGAAUUGGGUGUACAAAAUGAGGUCAGGGAUAAGCUUUGUGGAGUUAAGGAGGCGAGAGGAUUUUCGAGUUUGCUAAAGAUGCAGGACUUGGGAGACUGGGUCCAGGAGUGUUACAGUGUAAUUGUUCGCGAAAGAACCAAGUGUUCGGAACCCCAGUGCCGGAGAACUGGGCUUUGGGCGAGAAAUAAAAGAAAAUGUAGAGUAGAUUAUGGGUGUUAUUCACGUUUUUGCAUUGCGAGAAUCGCUGCGGCAUGGGCGGAUUUUCGGCGAAAACCAAAAACUUACAAGCAGAGUGAAACUAAGCUCUGCUUUUAAUAAUAAAAACAAAAUCUUUUCCUUUCCAGUCCCAAGUAUAACAGAUUAAGAUAAAAAACAGGAUUCGUGAUAAUUAUGAAGUUUCUUUUUACAUUAUAAUACCAUACAGUAGUGUUUUACGAUUCACGAAAAAGAUAACAAAAGACAAAAAGAAGCAAUCGAAGAAACGACAAAACACAAACCCUUUAGGCUCCCCCAACGACGCCGGGAGGGCACGUUUUGGACAAACAUAUAGGGGUUUUAUUAAGAGUUAUCUAAAUUGUGUCUUGAGCAACGCGUGACUACUUACCGUUGAGCGAUACCCCUUUUUGGGAACUUUAUGGGACAUUCCUUUGUUGGCGCUUUGGGAAGUUGUCGAUGUUUCUGGAUCACACUUACCGGCGCGCUUUUUAGUAGAGGAAAUGGAUAUUUGUCUGUUGCUUUGGGAGACACACACUGGCUGACCCGACCACACGCAUAGGUUACCAAUUUUGAUAACCAAGCAAGCGUUAUUUGA